CUCAACGAAACCUGCAAAUGUGAGAUUUAUGACUUGCAUCCUUGCCUGUUCAGGAGGAAACCUUUAUGAACAGAGUGGAAGUAAAGGUGAAAAUACCAGAGGAACUGAAACCAUGGCUUGUGGACGACUGGGAUUUGAUCACCCGGCAAAAGCAGCUCUUCUAUCUUCCUGCCAAGAAGAACGUUGACUCCAUUUUAGAGGAUUAUGCAAACUACAAGAAAUCCCGAGGGAACACCGAUAACAAAGAAUACGCUGUUAACGAAGUUGUUGCGGGCAUCAAAGAAUACUUCAAUGUCAUGCUCGGCACUCAACUGCUGUAUAAAUUUGAGAGACCACAGUAUGCGGAGAUCUUAGCAGACCACCCCGACGCACCCAUGUCGCAGGUCUAUGGAGCCCCCCACCUCCUCCGACUAUUUGUCCGGAUUGGAGCGAUGCUGGCUUAUACUCCCCUUGAUGAGAAGAGCUUGGCCUUGCUGCUGAACUACCUGCACGACUUCUUAAAAUACCUUGCCAAGAAUUCUUCCAUGCUGUUCAGUGCAAGCGACUAUGAGGUUGCGCCUCCCGAAUAUCACCGGAAAGCAGUGUGAGCCCUCUUGCUACAUUGUGUGUACUCGUGUCACUGGAAGGGAUCCUUGGAUUUCUGCAGCUGUCGUGCCUGGUUCUCCGUUUGUCCACUGUCCGCGUCUCGCACACGUCUCUCUGUGCCGUAGACAUCCAUAUGUCAAGUGAAUAGUGACUGCGUCUUCAGAUGGAACUGGCCACCUGACUGGGAAGGACUUUUCUUCAGUUCUGAAAUAUCUCCGAAAGGACAGCCUUAAGGAGUUCUUCAAGGAAUUGGUUUGGUGUUGGAGCAUCCCUGGAAACGCAACAGACACUUCAUUGUUUGAUCUCCUGCAUGCUUAUUGGUCCCUUGUUCCUGAAACCAAGUAUUACUUGAGCGGCGCAGGUGGUUCCUAAUGCACACCCACCCACCCCCCUUCGGGGGAGCAGAACUUUUGUUGCCAACAGCACGGGAGGACCAAACACAGCUGAGUGCUUUCUCCCGAGGUGGGGGUGGCGCAUGCUCCACCUGCUUUCUUGGUGUCGGAUCGGUAAAGUGUGUGCUGGUCUUAAGUGUACGUGUUUUGCCUGCAUAGCAGAAGAACCGUGGGGUUUGUUUGUUCUUUCGGUUUGGGCUUGAACGCACCUGCUUACAUAGGACAGAUUCACAUCUCACACGACUUUCCUGAAGCAUUGUUGUUUUGUUUGAGGGGGUUGUUUGCAGAUCUCCAAAUAAACUUUUCUAUUUCAACAGUUCAAA